CAAUAGUCAAAAAUCACCAAAAUCAAAUCAUCCACAAUUUGGUCAUCCACGUGGAAACUCUAUCCUCUUUCCUCAUUUGCUCUCCCUCUCAACCGUAACGUAAUCACACACCGUAUAUAUAUAUAUAACCAAUACCCCCGAAAUACCCUACCCCCGUACACCCCACCCACCCCACCACCUCUCCGCCGCCGUCUCAUUCACCGCUUCGCCGGCGUUAACUUAAAACUCCGUUUACUUCUGUUUCAAUCGAAUCCCGUGCAUUUCUUACCGUUUGAUCUGAGCCGUCGAUCUGAUCUGAUUUGAUCGGAGCCGUUCGAUCGAUCGAUCGAUCUAAGAUAUGGAUAGAAUCGUCGGAGGUAAAUUCAAGCUCGGACGAAAAAUAGGUAGCGGAUCCUUUGGUGAAAUUUUCCUCGCUACGCAUAUUGAUUCGUUUGAGAUCGUUGCUGUUAAAAUUGAGAACAAUAAGACUAAACAUCCUCAACUUCUCUACGAGGCCAAGUUAUACAAUAUUCUCCAGGGAGGAAGUGGUGUGCCACUUAUAAAAUGGUCUGGCGUGGAUGGUGAUGACAACGUUCUGGUCAUGGAUUUAUUGGGUCCUAGCUUGGAAGAUCUCUUCGUCUAUUGUGAUCGAAAGCUUUCCUUGAAGACUGUUCUAAUGUUGGCUGACCAGAUGAUUACCAGAAUCGAAUAUGUACAUUCUAAAGGCUUUCUACACAGGGAUAUUAAGCCUGACAACUUUCUGAUGGGUCUUGGUCGGAAAGCAAAUCAGGUUUAUAUUAUUGAUUUUGGUCUUGCUAAAAGAUACCGUGAUGCGACUACAAAUCGUCAUAUUCCUUACAGAGAGAACAAAAAUUUAACGGGAACUGCACGCUAUGCCAGUUGUAAUACUCAUCUUGGAAUUGAGCAAAGCCGGCGGGAUGAUUUAGAAUCUCUUGGAUAUGUUCUCCUUUAUUUCUUGAGAGGCAGCCUCCCAUGGCAGGGUCUAAAAGCUGCAACGAAAAAGCAAAAGUAUGACAAAAUAUGUCAAAAGAAGUUAUCAACUCCUAUUGAGGUUUUAUGCAAGUCUCAUCCCGUUGAGUUUGCUUCGUACUUCCAUUACUGUCAUUCGUUGACAUUUGAUCAGCGGCCUGAUUAUGGAUUCUUGAAACGCCUCUUUCGUGAACUUUUUACCCGUCAAGGCUAUGAAUUUGAUUACAUAUUUGAUUGGACCAUCCUGAAGUACCAGCAGGCACAAACAAAUAAAUCACAGCAUCGGCAAGUUGUUGGUGAAAGCAGCAGAGCAAUUCCAAUGGAUGCUGAAAAGCGUCAAGUUUCUACAGGGAAUAAUGGACCUUAUGUUGCUGAAGCGAGUGAUCGCAUAAGACCGAAUCCUUCCAGUCCUGGAAUUCGUAUGCAAUUUAAGUCACCAACAAACAGGAAUAUAACUUCUGCCAAUCUCGAGAGAAAUGUACUAAGUGGUGCCCACAUGCCAUCUACUUCAUUAGCUCCUGUUUUACCAAGAGCAAAUGCCACAAAACCUGCUUUACCCGCGGAAACAACUCAUGAUGGUGAUAAUGGUGGCAGCAGCUGGAUUUCCUCUUUGCGACGUAUUUCUUCAAAGUGAUGAAAAGGUUAAGAUCAAGACGGGUUGCUCAUUGUUAUUCUAUGAUUACAAGCUUGUAUGGAUGACUAUGGUGGCUAAUUAUGGCUUGCUGCAAAUUCAAGAGUUCAAGAGGGUGGUGUGACAGGUGGACAUGAAAGCGCAGAUGGCAGCUGUUUGUCUUUCUAUGGGAGAGCUCGGGUUAGAUAUUUUUCCUAAGAUGAAUAUAAACAAAUUGGUCCAUCCUUGCAUUAAGAUAAGGAUGGUUCCUGUCCGCUGAAAAAUGAAGCGCUAGAGACAUCAUCUUGUGUCUCCUUUACCAUGUAAAAUAGCUCAUAUGUGAUUGUCAAAAAUUGUGCAGUUCCUUUUGUGCAUACAGUGGUGGUUAUUUCCUUCACUUGCUUCUUACUAGCAAAGUAAAGUUGGUUGCAUGUGUUGUAUAAUCUUUAUUGCUUAACUUUGUGGCGAGCCAAUGAUUUGUUGUGAACAUGCUGAUAAUGGGAUUGGAUCUAGUACAACAAUGAAAUUUUUGAGAAGUUUGGAAAUGUGAUAUAUCUAUGAGUGGAAACGCCUCCUCUGACAUAAGAAGGAUUGGAUUGUGAAGUUCUGAUGUACAGGUUGAUUUAUGGAUUUUUCUUUCUCGACCUUUCAUCCCAUGCUUACAUUAAAGACUUGUUACUCUUUUGAAUCCUGUUGUCAUCUGGUCAAUAGGUGGGCUUGUCACCAGGUAAUUUCCUGUGAGUUUGAUGGUCUUGCUAUUGAUAAAGUUCUUUGCAUCAUUUUGCAAUUUGCAGGAUUUCCAUUUGAAGAUGUCAUGAUUCACUGUGAGAGUCAUGGUAGGUUCGCGUGGAAUACACUUUUAUACCUUUUCAAGUGUGAUCGGGUAAUACAAGUGUAAUACAAGUCUGAUCGGGUAAUACAUGGUAGGAUCGAAGCUUGUGAAUGCUAGAUUAUGAAGUAUGAACCGAGUAUCUAGUACUCCUUUACUUGUGAGGACUUCGAGGCUCGGUGAUUCAACAUCCGAUGUUUGUGCUGAUUCCGCUUUCAGCAACGCUCGUCUUUGAAUCACUUAUAAAUUGUGCAUAUUCACGGCUGACAAAUCAAGGUUUUCUGAAUUUAGAACUUGACAUGAUGUACACCUAGUUCGUGGUUCUUCUGUUUGCUUUGAACCUAUGUUGCUCAGACUAUUCAAAAGUAUCAACCGAUGUUGGGGAAUCUGAGCAACUUAGCUUUUCAUGUUCUUACUUGUGGAAAGCCAAUGCUUUGUGCUCUUUGUUCUGAAAAUAGUAGGUAGUUGAUCUCAUGAAUAAGAUUAAAAAAGUUUUUUAAGUUUUA